AUGCGCAUGCGAAUGAUCAUGAAAGCUGUUUCAGGAUGGAUGAUGGCCAGAGCGCGAGCUGGCCCAGCCAUGCUCCGAGGUCGAAUACGCGCCCCGGUUGGCAGACCCAGUCGACACGCAUCAUCUCAGUUUGGCCCAACAAGCACGAUUCCUGGUCAGGAUCAAGAUGAAGAAGAGCCAUCCAACGAUCCAAAGUCGGACAAAGACUCCAAGACUUCUCGUAUGGGACCAACCCUGUUCAAAGUCUUCGAAACUGCCGCCACCACUUUUGCCUCCAUUGCAGUUCUUGGCUUGGCGGGCUACUCGUACCAUCUUUACUACAAAACACUAGUCCUUCGCAAGAUUGACAAGGCUUUUGCUCCUGGCGAUCCUAUGUUGGAUCUUGCGGCCCCUCCCGGACCUCAUCUUCCACCUGGAGAUACAUCUGAAUCAACUGAGGACGAUGACAAUUGGGUGGCACGACCAGAACAGGCCAAGAUCGAUGCUAUCAUCAACGGCGAGUCUAAAGGCCGCUACUAUUUGAUUGUCGGCGAAAAGGGUACUGGCAAAUCGUCCAUGAUCCUAGAAGCAAUGCGCAAGAUUGAUGGCGAAGGGGUAUCCAUGUUUGAGGCCCAUGCUGAUCUGGAGAUUUUUCGCAUUCGACUUGGAAAAGCCUUGAAUUACGAAUUUCACGAAGAUUACAUUGGGUCUUUGUUCUCAAUCCGAGGCCCAAGAGACACCACCGCCUUGCUCGAUAUCGAACGCGCCUUCAACAAACUCGAGAAAAUCGCCAUGACACACCGCAAUAAAUCUCACAAGCUUAAGACAGGUCGAAAAGGUCCUCUUGUGGUGAUUGUGAAUUGUGCCCACUUGAUCCGCGAUGAUGAGGAUGGAAAUGACCUGAUUGAGCUGAUGCAACAACGUGCUGAACAGUGGGCCGCUGCAAAUUUGGUCACCAUGAUCUUCAAUUCCGACGACUACUGGGUCUACGAGAGAUUGAAGCGAUAUGCUACGAGGAUGGAAGUCAUCCCUAUUCUCGAUCUGCCCAAGGAUAGAGCCAUUCAGGCUCUUGCACGAUAUCGCGCCAAAUACUUUCCGGGCCAGGAGCGGGAUUCUGGCAUUUUCAAGGAGGUGUACGAUUUGGUCGGUGGUCGACUGAAUUUCCUCAAUAGGGUGGCCAAAAGUACCGACAUGAUCAAGAUGUGUCACCAAAUCAAUGAACUGGAAAAGACAUGGUUUCUCAACAAAUGUGGUAUCCUUGGAGAAAGCAUGGACGAUGAUGUUAUGGACCAGCAGAAAUAUGCCAGUGCAGCCAUGGUGUUGGCCAAAGCGCUGGUAGACCGCAGCAAAGAGAUGGAGUCCGACUAUGACGAAGAAAGAGGACACAUCCUACCACAAAUCCCUCUGUAUAUCGCCCGCGAGAUCAUGACCCGGGCAGAUUUCAUUCAAACUUACGAUCACGACAACAUCUUCACUAUUGAUAGUCGUGCCAUGGUCCGGGCUGACUCGGUACCCAUGAUGAAUGCAUUCAAGGCAAUCUGUGCUGAAGAGCGCUUUGACAAAUUCCUCAAUGACACCCUAGACCGCAUCUCUGCGAUCGAGAGUAUCAAUAGGACAAAGGAACUUACGUUCAAAGACCUGUGGACGAUUCAGAGUGGGGAGCAGCAAGGGAAGUACGCGUUCACUACCAAAGAUCACAAAGGGCGUGAAACAGGAUCAAUCGAGAUGAGAGUUGUGCCAGACGAGAAGCCGGACGAUGAUGAUGACGACGAGGAUUGA